CUCUCUCUCUUUCUCUUUCUUUCCUCCUUUUCACCUCCUGGAACAAAAGUAGCCCUUCUCUCCGCGCUCGGCCCGGCCCGCUUUGUGCAAGCCGGGGACGCGGGGGGCUGCGGGCGAUGGGGGGGUCGGGGGCGGCCGUGAUCCUGGCGCUUGGGCUGGCGCUGGGGUUGGCGUUGGGCGGGUGGGCGAGCUGCCCCGAGCGGGAGCUGCAGCGCCGGGAGGAGGAGGCCAACGUGGUGCUCACCGGCACGGUGGAGGAGAUCAUGAACGUGGACCCCGUGCACCACACCUACUCGUGCAAGGUGAGAGUGUGGCGUUACCUGAAAGGCAAAGACAUCGUCACUCACGAGAUCCUCUUGGACGGUGGGAACAAAGUGGUCAUCGGUGGCUUCGGGGACCCCUUAAUCUGCGACAACCAAGUGUCGACCGGGGACACGCGGAUUUUCUUUGUCAACCCAGCCCCGCAGUACAUGUGGCCGGCCCACCGCAACGAGCUGAUGCUCAACUCCAGCCUCAUGCGGAUCACGCUGCGCAACCUGGAGGAGGUGGAGCACUGCGUGGAAGAACAUAGGAAGCUUCUUGCUGACAAGCCCAAUAGUUACUUUACCCAGACCCCGCCGACCCCUCGAGAUGCCUGCCGAGGGAUGCUGUGUGGGUUUGGGGCGGUGUGCGAGCGCAGCCCCACCGACCCUUCCCAAGCCUCCUGUGUCUGCAAGAAAACGGCUUGCCCUGUGGUGGUGGCUCCCGUCUGCGGCUCCGACUAUUCCACCUACAGCAAUGAGUGCGAGCUGGAGAAAGCCCAGUGCAACCAGCAGAGGCGGAUCAAGGUCAUCAGCAAGGGACCAUGCGGCUCCAAGGACCCCUGCGUGGAGGUGACGUGCAGCUUCGGCAGCACGUGCGUCCGCUCUGCGGAUGGCCAGUCGGCUAAGUGCGUGUGCCCCGCGUCCUGCAGCGGCGUGGCUGAGAGCAUCGUCUGCGGCAGCGACGGCAAGGACUACCGCAGCGAGUGCGACCUCAACAAGCACGCCUGCGACAAGCAGGAGAACGUCUUCAAGAAGUUUGAUGGAGCCUGCGACCCCUGUAAGGGCAUCCUCAACGACAUGAACCGCGUGUGCCGGGUGAACCCCCGCACCCACCGGGUGGAGCUGCUCCCCCGCCCUGAGAACUGUCCCUCCAAGCGAGAGCCAGUGUGCGGUGACGAUGGGGUGACCUACACCAGCGAGUGCGUGAUGGGACGCACGGGGGCCAUCCGGGGGCUGGAGAUCCAGAAGGUGCGCUCCGGGCAGUGCCAGCACCAGGACAAAUGCAAGGAGGAAUGCAAGUUCAACGCCGUCUGCCUGAACCGCCGCGGCACGGCGCGCUGCUCCUGCGACCGCAUCGCUUGCGACGGCACCUACCGGCCCGUCUGCGCCCGCGACAGCCGCACCUACAGCAACGACUGCGAGCGGCAGAAAGCUGAGUGCCACCAGAAAGCUGCCAUCCCGGUGAAGCACAGCGGACCCUGCGACCUGGGUACUCCCAGCCCCUGCCUGAGUGUGGAGUGCACUUUUGGGGCCACCUGCGUGGUGAAGAACCAGGAGCCCGUGUGCGAGUGCCAGCAGGUGUGCCAGGGCCGCUAUGACCCCGUCUGCGGCAGCGACAACCGCACCUACGGCAACCCCUGCGAGCUCGACUCCAUGGCCUGCGUCCUCAAGAGAGAGAUCAGGGUGAAGCACAAGGGGCCCUGCGAUCGCUGCGGCAAGUGCCAGUUCGGGGCCAUCUGCGAGGCAGAGACGGGGCGGUGCGUGUGCCCCACGGAGUGCGUGCCCUCCUCCCAGCCCGUCUGCGGCACAGAUGGCAACACCUACGGCAGCGAGUGCGAGCUCCACGUCCGAGCGUGCACGCAGCAGACGAACAUUUUGGUGGCUGCCCAAGGCGACUGCAAGUCCUGCGGCAGCACGGUGUGCUCCUUUGGCAGCACGUGUGUGGGUGGGCAGUGCGUGUGUCCCCGCUGCGAGCAGCAGCCCCUGGCCCAGGUCUGUGGCACUGAUGGCCUCACCUACGACAACCGCUGCGAGCUGCGAGCAGCCUCCUGCCAGCAGCAGAAGAGCAUCGAGGUGGCCAGGAUGGGGCCGUGCGAGGACGAAUGUGGCUCAGGGGGCUCAGGCUCUGGCGAUGGGAGCGAGUGCGAGCAGGACCGGUGCCGGCACUACGGGGGCUGGUGGGAUGAGGACGCGGAGGACGACCGCUGUGUGUGUGACUUCACCUGCCAGGCAGUGCCACGCAGCCCGGUCUGUGGCUCUGAUGAUGUGACCUACGCCAACGAGUGCGAGCUGAAGAAGACGAGGUGUGAAAAACGCCAGGACCUCUAUGUUACCAGCCAAGGAGCCUGCCGGGCCCUCACCACGACCCCACCGCCUCUCCCAGUUGUGCAUUGCAGCCAGACCAUCUACGGGUGCUGCCCGGACAACAUGACCCUGGCGCUCGGAGUGGGCGCAGCCGGGUGUCCAAGCACCUGCCAGUGCAACCCCUAUGGCUCCUACGGAGGAGCCUGUGACCCUGCCACGGGGCAGUGCUCCUGCAAGCCAGGCGUGGGGGGGCUCAAGUGCGACCGCUGCGAGCCCGGCUUCUGGAACUUCCGUGGCAUCGUCACCGACAGCAAGAGCGGCUGCACGCCCUGCAACUGUGACCCGGUGGGCUCAGUGCGUGACGACUGCGAGCAGAUGACUGGGCUCUGCUCCUGCAAGACUGGUAUUACUGGCAUGAAGUGCAACCAGUGUCCCAAUGGCAGCAAGAUGGGCAUGGCUGGCUGUGAAAAAGACCCAUCAGCUCCAAAAUCCUGUGAAGAAAUGAGCUGCGAGUUCGGGGCCUCGUGUGUGGAGGUCAAUGGCUUUGCCCACUGCGAGUGUCCGUCCCCACUCUGCUCGGAGGCCAACAUGACCAAGGUGUGUGGCUCUGAUGGUGUCACCUAUGGGGACCAGUGCCAGCUGAAGACCAUUGCGUGCCGGCAGGGACAGCUCAUCACAGUGAAGCACAUGGGUCAAUGCCACGAGUCCAUCACUCACAUGAGCCACACAGUGCCGCCCACCCCUCUGCCCACCUUGCCCUUGGACAAGCUCAUCCUACCCCCACCACUGCAGCUGACCACCCGGGCUCCAGAGCCCACCGAGCUGGCCACCACUUCCCUGCUGAUGGAAGCCAGCCCCACUUCAAGAGUUCACCCUACAACAAGGCGUGUCACGACAACCCGACCCGCCACCACACCAUGGAUGACCCAUGGGGUGCUGAAGACCACUGUCCGCCCGCUCUCCACCUCUCCGGUGGUCCUGGCCACCACUCAGCCUGCCUAUGCUGAGUCAGGCAGUGCAGAAGGCAGUGGGGACCAGGAGAUGAGCAUCAGCGGGGACCAGGAAUCCAGCGGGGCAGGCUCUGCUGGAGAAGAGGAGGUGGAGGAAAGCCAGGUAACCCCAACUCCAGCCAUCGAGAGGGCAACGUGCUACAACACCCCACUUGGGUGCUGCUCUGAUGGCAAGACUGCGGCUGCUGAUGCGGAAGGAAGCAACUGUCCGGCUACCAAAGUCUUCCAAGGAGUCCUCAUCUUGGAAGAGGUGGAAGGCCAGGAGCUGUUCUACACACCUGAGAUGGCUGACCCCAAGUCAGAGCUCUUCGGGGAGACGGCCAGGAGCAUCGAGAGUGUGCUGGAUGAGCUUUUCCGAAAUUCCGACGUUAAGAAUGAUUUCAAGAGCAUCCGUGUCCGAGACCUGGGGCAGAGCAGCGCUGUCCGUGUCAUUGUGGAGUCCCACUUUGACCCAGCCACUUCCUACACGGCAGCUGACGUCCAGGCGGCCCUGCUGAAGCAGAUCAGAGCCUCCAAGAGGAAGACUAUCCUGGUGAAGAAGCCCCAACAGGAGCACGUCAAAUUCAUGGACUUUGACUGGAUCCCCAGGAUCUUCACCACCACCGUCACCACCACCACGGCCACCACCAUGGCACCUGCCACCACGCGGCGGCACACCACGGCCUCCGCUGCCACCACGGCCCACGUCCUGCGCCAGGACACCGCGGGCCACCCCAGCGCCAAGCUGGCAGCACCUGCGAGCACCAGGAGACCUACAUCCCCCCUGCCUACCACCGCCCGGCGCAAGCCCACGCGCCAGCCCCCCAGCGCCACCAAGAAGCCCCCGCGACCCUGCGACUCCCACCCUUGCCUGCACGGUGGCACCUGCGAGGACGACGGGAAAGAGUUCACCUGCAGCUGCCCAGCGGGCAAAGGAGGGGCUGUCUGUGAGAAACCCAUCAGGUACUUCAUCCCCAGCUUCGGCGGCAAGUCCUACCUGGCCUUCAAGAUGAUGAAGGCGUACCACACCGUGCGCAUCGCCAUGGAGUUCAGGGCCACGGAGCUCAGCGGGCUGCUGCUCUACAACGGGCAGAACCGUGGCAAGGACUUCAUCUCCCUGGCGCUGGUGGGCGGCUUCGUGGAGCUCAGGUUUAACACGGGCUCCGGCACGGGCGUCAUCACCAGCAAGGUGCGCGUGGAGCCUGGCAAGUGGCACCAGCUGGUGGUGAACCGCAACCGCCGCAGCGGCAUGCUGGCUGUGGAUGGGGAGCCCCACGUCAGUGGGGAGAGCCCCACGGGCACUGACGGGCUCAACCUUGACACCGACCUCUUUGUUGGAGGAGCUCCCGAGGACCAAAUGGCCACAGUGGCGGAGCGUACUGCAGCUACGGCUGGCCUGAAAGGCUGCAUCCGCCUCCUGGAUGUGAACAACCAGAUGUACGACCUGCGGGAGAAAGGCAGCGACGUGCUGUACGGCAGCGGGGUGGGCGAGUGCGGCAACGACCCCUGCCACCCCAACCCCUGCCACCAUGGAGGCAUCUGCCACGUCAAGGAGGCGGAGAUGUUCCACUGCGAGUGUCUCCACUCCUACACCGGUCCGACGUGUGCUGAUGAGAGGAACCCGUGCGACCCAACACCAUGCCACAUCUCUGCCACCUGCCUGGUGCUGCCGGAGGGAGGUGCCAUGUGUGCCUGUCCCAUGGGACGGGAAGGAGAGUUCUGUGAGCGAGUGACGGAGCAGGACCACACCAUGCCCUUCCUCCCAGAGUUCAAUGGCUUUUCCUACCUGGAGCUGAACGGGCUGCAGACCUUCGUUCCUGACCUGCAGGACAAAAUGUCCAUGGAAGUGGUGUUCUUGGCCAAGAGUCCCAGCGGCAUGAUCUUCUACAAUGGGCAGAAGACAGACGGCAAAGGAGACUUUGUGUCUCUGGCUUUGCACGAUGGCUACCUGGAGUAUCGAUACGACCUGGGCAAAGGGGCAGCUGUGCUCAGGAGCAAAGAGCCAGUUCCCCUCAACACCUGGAUAAGCGUUUUGUUGGAGAGGAAUGGGCGCAAAGGGGUAAUGAGGAUCAACAAUGGCGAGAGGGUGAUGGGAGAGUCACCGGUGCCUCACACCUUCCUGAACCUGAAGGAGCCAUUCUACGUGGGGGGUGCCCCCGAUUUCAGCAAGCUGGCUCGAGCUGCAGCCAUCUCCACCAGCUUCGAUGGAGCCGUGCAGAGGAUCUCUGUCAAGGGGGUGCCCGUGCUGAAGGAGCAGCACAUCCGCAGCGCCGUCGAAAUCUCCCCCUUCCGUGCCCACCCCUGCACCCAGAAGCCCAACCCCUGCCAGAAUGGAGGCACCUGCAGCCCCCGGCUGGAGAGCUACGAGUGUGCCUGCCACAGGGGCUUCUCUGGGGCUCACUGUGAGAAAGUUAUCAUUGAGAAGGCAGCUGGAGAUGCAGAGGCCAUUGCAUUUGAUGGUAGGACGUACAUGGAGUACCACAAUGCCGUGACAAAGAGCGAGAAGGCUUUGCAAUCCAACCACUUUGAGCUGAGCAUCAAAACAGAAGCCACCCAGGGCCUGAUCCUGUGGAGCGGGAAGGGGCUGGAGCGAUCCGACUACAUUGCCCUCGCCAUCGUGGAUGGCUUCGUACAGAUGACGUAUGACCUGGGCUCCAAGCCAGUCGUCCUGCGGUCCACGGUCCCCAUCAACACCAACCACUGGACCCACAUCAAAGCGUACAGGGUACAGAGAGAAGGCUCCCUGCAGGUCGGCAAUGAAGCCCCCAUCACUGGCUCCUCGCCUCUGGGUGCCACGCAGCUGGACACGGACGGGGCCCUGUGGCUGGGGGGAAUGGAGCGGCUCAGCGUGGCUCACAAGCUGCCCAAGGCCUACAGCACCGGCUUUAUUGGCUGUAUAAGGGACGUGAUUGUCGACCGCCAAGAACUGCACCUGGUGGAGGACGCUUUAAACAACCCCACGAUAUUACACUGCUCAGCCAAAUAGACCCCCAGGGACCCUUCCUUCUCCUUCCCUUCCUCCUGCCUAUUGCUGUAAUUAUUUUCUAUUUUUGUAAACUUAUUGCUUUUUAUAUUUUGGGGGGAGGGGGGAAAGGGAGGGGAGGAACCACCAUUUCUGUUGGGUUAUUUGUUCGGUUGCGGUAUAUCCAGGUCAGUCAGACUCUAAUCGAGCAGCAGCAACAAAGAACAAACCUUGAACCAAGUCUCCAAGAAGUGACAGAAGAACUUCCCCAUUGCACCCGUAUUGUAAAUCUCACUUCAUACUUGAAGCUUCUUUUGGGGUUUGUUUAUUUUCCCCUCCUUACUUGUGUUCUUGGGUUGUCGUUCACACCAUGGGGGGAUAAAGGAUGCUGGUGCUGGCAAGCCCUGUGGCCUUUGUGGGUUCACCACUCGCCUAUCUCAGGCCCCUGUGUUCACCCCGUCUCCCUCCUCCCCCCUUCCUCUCACUAUAAUUUAUGUGUGUAAGGAUCUCAAGUGCUUUUCUCCUUUAUGCUCUGUUAAAUCAGGGAUGCCAUGCACUGGAAGAGAGACCAAGGUCUGCUCUGAGCAGGCAGAAAAGCAUUGCUCUUUGGUUGUCUUAUGCCUGUUUGCUGGACUGAGAGGGGCUUGGGGGGGGUGUGGGGAAGUGUCAGUUUCUCUGUUGGCUGUCCUCCUCCUCCUCCUCCUCCUCUUGGACACAUGCAGAAGCAGCUGUGAAACCUCAUUUCCAUGCUUUGUGUUGACCCAGACUUGUCCUCACCACCUGCUUGCCCUGGCUGCUCUUCCGAGAGCUUCUGUGCCCCCAAACCGUGCACCACUGACAACUUGCAACGCGUCCUCAGGAGCUGGGGGUGCCCUCCUUCCAGCACCAGCUGCGAGGGCAUGGGAUUGGGUGAAGAAACCUCUUGGACCUGUCCUUCCCUGACCCACGUCCAUUUUCCAGCCUCCUGGCACGACCUGCCCUCUUGCCUACCAUGAGGACGGUUGCAGCGCAUCUCUGUAAGCUGCUGUUAGAACCCGUGCGCUGGCAAACGCUCACUGUUUCACCUUUGUCUUCAAGCUUUUGCAACACCCGGUGCAAUGCAGGGGCUUCCACGUGCCACGAUCAGAGCUCCUCCAGGUGCCACCAGCGAUGGCUCCAGCAGGAACAGGAGUGGGCCAGGAGCCACGUGUCCGGAUGGGAGAGCUGGGGAGGGGGUUUUUCAAGUGUUGUCUUUACUGUCUUUGAAGUGUUGUCUUCCUCCAUUCAAGUCUUGAAAGCAAAGUGCCAGCUGCACAGCCGCUGUGUGUGUGUGUGUGUGUGUGUGUGUGUGGAUGUGUGCAAACACUGGGUCUCCCCCAAGCAAAAACAAAGGGAUUGCAGCUAUGAGCGCCGUGACUCAGGUUCUUUCUCCAUGGGAAGAGCUCCCUGCUGCCACAUGGCAUCGGCCACCACUGGGCCACCGAAUUCCCCUAAAAUAAACCCAGUGGUUACAUAUUUCAGGGAAGAUCGUGAGAAGUGGAGGCCCCAGUGCAUGUGUGCGUGGCAAUUGCAUGUGUUGAGUGGCUGCUGUAUAUAAUAACAUGUGGGUCCUGGGGGGCAUGCGGUGACGGCUGCGUUGGGGCACGGGCUUCCAGUUGGACAACGUGGCCGCCCCACUGAGACCGAUGUUGGGGAGGGGGAAGCGUGCCAGCUCCAGGGGGAGAGGGCACCGUGGAGGAAGCUGCUCAGUUUCCAGAAUGCCACUGAAAUGAAGCCAGGAUCACUGCAAAAAAAAAAAAAGAAAAAAGAAAAAAAAAAAGAAAAGAAAAGAAAAAGAGAAAAAAAAAUGCAACAAGAACUCUGUCUGCUUUUGCUGGGGCUUGGAAAUGCCUUAAAACAGGACGCCGUGUCCUCGGUGUCGAGCCUAGGUCAGAUUCUGCAGUGCUCCCUGGGGGCCGUGCACUUAAACCUCGGCUUUAUUUUUAAUAGCGUUUAUAACAUGUGUGUACAGCAACAAGAAGAAAAUGACAUUGAGGUUUGGGUUUUCUUUCCUUUUUUUUUUUUUUUUUUUUUUUUUUUUUUUUAAAUAAUGUCCACGUGGCUUCAUUUAUAGGGUAAAUUAAUGACCGUUGUGAACUGCUGUAUGAAUUCUGAAGGGCAAUGCACAGUAGAGGAGCAGCAUGAUAUAACCAUUACUAACUUGUGUCUUUCGUCAAUCACCAUGAAAUAAAGUUUGAAAACGAUUAAGUAUGUUUUUAA